GGUAGAGGUUCCGUGCGGCGGCGUCGGCGGCGUCCGUCUCAUUUGAACGCCGAGAGCUGUCGCUUUUCUGGUCCGCGGGCCUGAUCUCGAAGCCUAGAGCGAAGCGGCGAGAUGACGGACCGGUACACCAUCCACAGCCAGCUGGAGCAUCUGCAGUCCAAGUACAUCGGCACGGGCCACGCCGACACCACCAAGUGGGAGUGGCUGGUGAACCAGCACCGGGACUCCUACUGCUCCUACAUGGGCCACUUCGACCUCCUCAACUACUUCGCCAUCGCCGAGAAUGAGAGCAAGGCGCGCGUGCGCUUCAACUUGAUGGAGAAGAUGCUGCAGCCCAGCGGGCCGCCGGCCGACAAGCCCGAGGAGAACUGAGGCGAGCGCUUUCCAGUCUUCCCCGCCUGCCUGCCGGCCGUGGGCCGCUCCUCCUUGCGCUCCUGAUGGCUUGGUCGUCGUUCCGUGCUGUGUUGUCUUCCUUCGCCUGACCUGCUUACCCGCGGACGAUGCCGAACGAGGAGUCACCGAGAGACUGUCGGGACCCCUGGGAACCGUGCGGGAGGAGCGAUGCUUAGAACCGGCAAGCGAGGGAGAAGACGGCACGGGAGCGUUGGACGCGUUUCGAGUCUGUUUU